CUUCCUUCAUGACCCUUCCCUAUUUAAAGGCCGGUGUGGAGCCAGAGGGGCCUCAGCAGAGGAUUAAGGCCAAAGCCAUUGCACUCUUCACAACAGCAACUCACCCACUGACCGACUGACAGCUCCCGAUCUUGCUGUGAAGAUCCACUCCGGCUAUAAAGGCUGAGGCAAACGGAUUUAUGUCCAUGAUCAUCCAGCAAGUUUAUCUUUGCAAGUGAGGUGUUUCUAAAAAUUUGAGUUGGAAUUUUGGAACCAACAGAAGCUAACUAUUUGCUCGGACAAAAGUUUUUUUUUUCUUCUAUUGACUCAACUAGAAUUUUUAACAAAACACAACCAGAGCCUUUUUUUGAGAAAUUCAAAGAGUUUCCAGGACUGGAAACCAAAGACACACAGUAACUCCAGUAAUUGCCACGUCCCUUCUGGUAUCCUGUGACAAUGAGUAGUGGUGGGACCACCAUAGUUUCACCACAGGAGCCUCAGGCUUUCAAACGGGCAGUACGGAAGAUAAAAUGCGCCGCUAUGGUGGCCAACCUGGCCAAGAGCUGGCAGGGCUGGGCCAGUGAACACUCCGACAAGCAGGACGCCAUCCCGAGUGGCUGGAUGCCUUCAUCUGUUGAAGAGGUAGACAAAAAAGUACGUAACCAUGACGUCAAACUUACCGUCACCCCGCGUGUAUUCGCGGUUGAUGGCGCCAACGCCGGUGGGAGUAAGAUUCGGACCGGUUCAGUGACCAAGUCUGUGCAGCCAAAACGCAGCGAGUGCAGCAGCAGCGAUUUGGUCAACGCCAUCCGAGGCAGGAUGGAGUCGGGUCCUGAGGAGUGCAAGCCGUUCCUGGGCAACGAGUCACCGACGCGCCGGCGCCAGAUGAGGGCGCUACAGGGCGCAGGAGGAGGAGCGGGUGGAGUCAUCCAAGACAGGAAGCUUUUGCUCCAGCAGGAGAAGAAGUUGGGGUCAAGGAGCAGCAGUGUUGACACAGAGGACAGCGGGCUGGGAGAGGAGGCCGGGCUCAGCGACAACAGCGAAGCAAAAAAUGAGCACGGUGACAUCCAGCCCAAGAAACAGACCAACAGGCCCAAGAUUAAGAUUUCCACUGCGAGUGACAUCAAAAGCCGCUGGCAGCAGUGGUCUGAGCAGCACAUGGAGGGCCAGAAGCUCAACCCCUUCAGCGAGGAGUUUGAUUACGAGUACGCCAUGGCCAAUCGCCUCCGCAAGGGCGACUCCGGCUACGGACGACCCAAAGACGGCUCCAAGACAGCAGAGAGGGGCGACAGGGCCCAGAAACACAUCCACAGGGAGAUGGAGGAGCUGGUGUGGAUUAUCAGAGACAUGGGGUUUAAGGAUAAAGAGGGGAGGACCAUCAUUACCUUCGGCCGGCUCUUUGACCGCUACGUGAAGAUCUCGGAUAAGGUGGUGGGCAUCUUGCUGCGCUGCCGCAAACACAAGAUGCUGGACUUUGAAGGGGAGAUGCUGUGGAAAGGACAGGACGAUGGUGUCAUCAUCACAGUGAGGGACUGAGGACAGAUUCAAUUCAAUUUUAUUUAUAGUAUCAAAUCAUAACACAGGUUAUCUCGAGACACUUUACAGAUAGAGUAG